AUGACAGAAAGGAAAUACAGUUUUGAAACGGGAGAGAAGAAUUCGUUCAGUAUUGUAGACUAUGUUAUAUUUGCUGCCACCUUACUCAUUUCGGCAGCCAUUGGAAUUUAUUAUGCAGUAAAAGACAGAAAAAAGCAAAAUGUGAAAGAAUUUUUACUGGCGGGUGGCAAGAUGCCUAUACCUCCAGUCGCACUGUCACUUUUAGCUACUUUCAUGUCAGCUAUAACAUUAUUAGGAACACCAGCUGAGAUGUAUAACUAUACAACUGUAUAUUUGUAUAUAGGAUUUGGAUAUAUUAUAACUAUGGCACUUACAGCCCAUAUCUAUAUUCCUAUUUUCUAUAAUCUCAAGGUUACCAGCUGCUUCGAGUAUUUUGAAUUACGAUUUAGCAAGGCUGUUCGGACUAUUUGUACCAUUAUAUACAUCAUUCAAAUGACAAUUUAUAUGGGAAUAGUUUUAUACGGACCAUCUUUGGCCAUCAAUGCAGUGACUGGUUUGUCUCUCUGGGGAGCGAUUUUUGCUGUUGGUAUUGUAUGUAUAUUCUAUACAACAAUGGGUGGUAUGAAAGCAGUUUUAUGGACCGACACAUUCCAAAUUAUUAUGAUGGGUAUUGGUUUAUUGGCAGCAUUGAUUCAAGGUUCUAUAGAAAUUGGUGGAUUUGGUCGUGCCUGGGAGAUUGCUGAACAAAAUGAACGAGUUGUAUUUGACGAUUUUGAUCCAAGAACUCGUCAUACUUUCUGGUCCCUGGUAAUCGGUGGUGGAAUCCUGUGGACGUCUAUUUAUGGAACUAACCAAGCCCAGAUACAGCGUACCAUGGCCUGUUCUUCUUUGAGAGAUGCUCAGAUUGCACUUUGGAUCAACGCUCCGGGAUUAAUAAUCAUUCUGUUACUAUGUUCAAUGAUUGGCAUUGUGAUGUAUGCAUUUUAUAGCACAUGUGACCCUUUGAAAUUUGGUCUUGUUUCUGCAUCAGACCAGUUAUUCCCAUUAUUUGUGAUGGAUAUUUUGGGUCACAUACCUGGUAUACCUGGUCUAUUUAUAGCCUGUAUAUUUUCUGGAUCUCUUAGCUCUAUAUCAUCUGGACUGAAUGCUCUAGCUGCAGUAUUCCUACAGGAUAUUUUACGACCAUAUUUUCUACCUGAUAUACGAGAACACAGAGCUACUUUCUUAUCUAAAGUUACAGCAUUUGUAUUUGGUGUGAUAUGUCUUGGUUUAACUUGGGUUGCUUCACAAAUGGGUGGCAUUUUACAAGCGGCUUUGUCGUUAUUUGGAAUGCUUGGUGCUCCCAUGAUGGGUCUAUUUACAUUAGGAAUGCUGUUUCCAUGGGCCAAUACAAAGGGAGCAAUAUCAGGAUUCUUCUGCAGUAUUAUCAUGAUGUUAUGGAUUGGAUUCGGCUCGUUCUUCGCCAAACUACCAUCUGCAAAAGCCCCUAUUAGCGUUGAUGGAUGUAACUGGACCUUACUUCAAGAUAAUAUGACAACGUACAACCAAAUAUCCUCACAAAUUAUCAUCAAUACAACAAUAACCUCAGAGGUCGAAGAUUCAGCAUUAACGCCUCUGUAUAGAGUUUCCUAUCUCUGGUACAGUUGUAUAGCAGUAUUAAUAGUUUUAGUUGUUGGUCUUCCUGUUAGCUUCCUUACAGGUGCUGAUAAUCCACGUGAAGUCAACCCCAAAUUAAUUUGUCCAAUAUUUGAUGUUAUGUUACCAUGUUUACCACAUAAAAUACGUCAUUUUCUUUAUUUUGGUGUCAAACAUGAAGAGUGUAGAAGAAAAAUAAAAGCUGAAGAAGAAAGAGCGAAACAAGAACUUCAACAAAAUAAAGACACACUUUUAGAUACAUUAUAUCUAGAUAAAGAAAUAAAACCAUAG